GAAAAUGAUGCAAAGGUUGAGAUUGAGAUUGAAACAUUGGCCGAGCAGUGAAUGGUAGGAUCUGUAUUUUCCUGUGCAUUAUGGGACAGAUCAACAAAUGGCGCGUUGUUUGACAGCCUGUCAGAUCGGACGAUUUCUUCGACAGUGACGGGACAGACGCGACAUGGAAGACAGCCUGUCCAGUUUUCAGAAACAGAAUUUAAGGCAACAUUGCCCUCCUAGUCCCCCCAGGCCGCGACGGACGCUCCGUCUAGCGAGCGACGGGACCAUGUCCUUCAGUCCGCUGGUGAUCCCGCCGCCGUGCUUCGCCAGCCAGCUGCCCCGGGGGUGCCCCCUCACCCUCCCGGAGACACCGAAGAGCGCGCACGGGGCCUCCCCGGAAACAUUCAUGGUGCGGCUACCGAGAAAUCAGAUGGAUAUUUACUCGGCGAGUGACUUGGUACAGACGCCCUCCCCAGACUUGCAGAGGGAAACCAGCAGCCCUUGGAAGCAGAACAGUGAUCAGAAUCUGACGGAAGUUGUUAGCGAGGUCACCCGGCUACAGGAAGGGCAGAACGUGGAGUUGGCGCGACAGAGAGCUCUUCUGAAGCAUUUUGAAGAGCAGUUGAAGACAGAGACCGAGAGGGCUGACAGUACGCAGGAAGAGGUAGCCCGUGUCACCAGGCGGAUCUGUCUCGCACAAGACGAGUCCACCAGGAAGAAAGUCUCCUGUGAUGCCUUGCAAAGGGAGGUGCACAGUCUAGUUUCUGAGGGACUGGAACUGAUGAUGCAAAUGGAAUCAGAGAGGAAUCAGCAACAAAAUGCAAAAAGGAAACAUGGGGAGCUCCGUGAGAGGAUGGCGGCUCACAGGCUGCUGGUGGAGCAACACGAGCGCACGGAGCCGCUGAGACAGGAACUCGCGCGUCAACAGAGCAGGAUAGCCGCGCUCACGGCACAGAAGCACGAGCUUGAGACCAACCCGACUGAGGCAGAUGCGCUCACCAGCGGUAAGCGGCAGGCGCAGGUACUGCAGGAGCUGGACCGACUCCGCUCGGAGAAACAGCGUCUCGAACAGGGCGUAGUCCUCAAGCUGGGACAAGUUAACCGGGAACAAGAGCGGCAGAUGCAACUCCGACAGGACAUGGAGGUGCUCAGGAAGCGCAACCGUGCCCAGCUGACGCGCUUGCGCAGAUGUGUGGACGAGACCGAGCGGAGAAACGAGCAGUGGAACCAGGAGGCGAGCCGACUCGAGGAGGCUACUGCGCAGCUGCAGAGGGAGGUGGACGGGACCCAACCGGAGGACGCUACUGCGCAGAUGCGGGGCGAGAAGGGGAAGGGAAAAUAGCUCAUGCAAUGUUUACAAACGUAACACAAAAACGUAUAAACUAGAUUUCGGUUGAUCAUAUCUCCGUGGACACUUUUUCAAUUCAAUUGUAUUGUAUAUCAUGGCCUGGUCCAGUGGGUCAGGUUGUCGGAUUAGAUGAAUAGUUUAUCUGAAUGGAAAAUAAACAUAAGAGAGGCGAAAAGCUACCUAUUAAUGUAAGUUGAAAACAUUAACAUAGACCUACCUACUCGAUAUUGAAUUUGAACUGAUUCCAGAAUUCCCAAAAUUGAGCGGAUACCACCAGAACAACAUAACGUAUAUUGUUCGCCGUGAUAUCAACAUUGUAAUGUUUUCUGCCGUUCUCAGCUUAUUUAUGAGAGAAGUUAGAAGUUCGUUGCUAACAGCUUGAACAAAAAUCCAUGUAAUAGCCGGGUACCUAGCUACCGUGGUGUCAAGGCCGACAUUGAUGAUUAGUGGAAGAAAGCUUGGGCCAUUUUUGUUUCAAGGCAAGAUUUUGUUAGGCUUUACCCAAAUGUUUCGGAAAAUAUGCGUAACUGUUGCACACUGUUUCAUUGUAAAUGUGAAAUAAAAUGACACAAUUCAACCGUA